GAGCCCUGUACAGGGACGUCAUGCAGGAGAAUUAUGAGACUGUGACCUCACUGGGAUUCCCCAUUCCCAAACCUGACCUGAUCAACCAGCUGGAUGCAAGGGAAGAGCCAUGGGUCCCAGAUCUCCAGGCCUCCAAGGAAACAAAGAUCUCAAGAGGUACCCACACAGCAGGUGAUGAGACAAUGAGUGAGAAUGAGGAGGGGAAUCCACAACAGGAAUGUCCUGAGCAAGUGGAACUGCAAGGGAGCAUAUUGAGAAGAGCAGAUGGGAAUUUUUUCCAAUGCUUGGAACAGAGAAAAGCCUGGAGUAAUUGGCACAGGUCAGAAAGAAAGCUGGGAAAUUGCCAAAGGAAGCAAGUAGAUGAAUCCAUUGAAAGUAGGAGAGGAGGUAAGGAUCCCAAGGAAACCAGAGCCCAGCUGACAAAUCACAAAGGAAAGAAACCCUAUAAAUGCUUGGACUGUGGUAAAAGCUUCAGUGGGAGCUCAAAUCUUAUUAACCAUGGGAAACUGCACACAGGAGAGAGACCCUAUACAUGCCUUGAGUGUGGGAACAGCUUCAGUAAUGUCUCAGGCCUUUUUUGCCAUAGCAGAAUCCACACAGGAGAGAGACCAUAUAAAUGCCUUCAGUGUGGGAAGAGUUUCACUGUAUCAUCAGCCCUUGUUAUUCAUCAGAGAACCCACACGGGAGAGAAACCCUAUAAAUGUCUUGAGUGUGGGAAAAGUUUCCGUGCACGCUCAGCCCUUAUUGUACAUCAGAGAACCCACACAGGAGAGAAACCCUUUAACUGCUUGGACUGUGGGAAAAGUUUCCGUCAGAGCUCACAUCUUAUUAGCCAUGCAAGAAUCCACAUGAGAGAGAGGCCAUAUAAAUGCCUUGAGUGUGGGAAAAGUUUUAUUGCAGCAUCAGCCCUUAUUACACAUCAGAGAACCCACACAGGAGAGAAACCCUAUAAAUGCUCGGAGUGUGGUGCAAGCUUCAGUCGGAGCUCAAAUCUUAUUACCCAUCAGAGACUGCAUACGGGAGAGAGACCAUAUAAGUGCCUUGAGUGUGGGAAAAGUUUCAGUGCACCAUCAGCCCUUAUUGUACAUCAGAGAACCCACACAGGAGAGAAGCCCUAUAAUUGCUUGGACUGUGGGAAAAGUUUCCGUCAGAGCUCACAUCUUAUUAGCCAUGCAAGAAUCCACAUGGGAGAGAGGCCAUAUAAAUGCCUUGAGUGUGGGAAUAGUUUUAUUGCAGCAUCAGCCCUUAUUACACAUCAGAGAACCCACACGGGAGAGAGACCCUAUAAAUGCUUGGACUGUGGUAAAAGCUUCAGUUGGAGCUCAAAUCUUAUUGCCCAUGAGAGACUGCACACGGGAGAGAGACCCUAUAACUGUUUGGAUUGUGGGAAAAGCUUCAGUCAGCACACAAGCCAUAUUAAGCAUGGGAGAAUCCAUAAAGGGAAGAAACUGUGAAAAUGCCUCCACUGUGAGAAAAGUUUCAGUCAGAAUUCACACCUUAGUAGACAUCAGACAAUUCAGACAACAGAGAAAUCCCCAAAAUGCUUGGAUGAUGGGAAAGGCUUCAAUCCAACGUCAUACCUUUCUAAACGUUGGAGAAUUCACAUGGGACAGAAUCUAUAAAUGCCUCAGCUGUGGAAAAUGUUCAAUUCGAAGAUCAAACCUCGCUUCACAUCCGACAAUCUACACAAGACAGAGAACCCAUAAAAACUUGGAUUGUGGGAAAAGCUUCAAUAACUUCAGGAAAAGAUUCAGUCUGAGCUCACACAUUAUUCCCCAUUGGAUAAUUCACAGAAGAAAGAGCUUGAAUGUAUGGGUACCUUCAUUUGGUGCUCACAUGGCAUCCAGCAUCAGCAAAUCUACACAAGGAAGAGGCCUGUCAGAUGUCCUUAGCUUGGAAAAUGCUUCAGUUGGAGCUGACACCACAGUGGACACCGGAGACUCCUCCACACAGAAGAGGCUAGCCAUAGUAAAAACUCCAUUUCCUAAUUCCCACACACAGUGGCAUUUGGCUCCCAGGUAUCCAGCUGCUCAUGUCUGGGGGCAGGUUCCAGCAGCAGCUGACCCUGAGCUGAUCAGGGACCUAAGCAAAGCCCAGGAAGAGGAGGAGAAGUCCUGAUCAGCCCCUGCUGCAGCCCUGGCUGCUGAAGUGCAGGGCCUUCCUGCCUCCUGCUAACCUGCUGGGGGAAGGGAGAGAGAAACUCCUCCAGAAGCUCCCUCUGGCUGGAUGAAGUUCCACCCUUCCCUUCCCUUCCCUUCCCUUCCCUUCCCUUCCCUUCCCAGGCAUGAUUCCUCUUCCAUGGAGACUAGGAGAGGGAUACUUGGGUCAGGCCCACAUUCACUCUGGACACCUGUCCCUACCCCCCAUCUUCCAGCAAUAUUCCUGGGCUGGGCUCCCCCACUUACCUGGAGCUGGUCCCUGCAGGGAGAGUGUCCCUGGGGCUGGCAACACUUCCCCUCUCUAAAUCCCCUGAGGUGCUGGGUUCCGGGGGAUCAAAUAUGAAGGGACCAGGAGGGAUGGGUUUUGGGGAGGAAACUGGGGGAUUGAAUGGUUGGGUCUGGUGGAUGUGGGAAGCAGAGGGUGCUGGGUGCAGGGGAAAUAAAAUGUUAGGGAUCAUGGGGUAAGAGAGGAGGGUAUGGGAAAGAGAGGUGCUUCCUCUUAUCAGUCACGUCCUCAGCCCCUUUUCCCCGCCUUCUCUGCAUUCAGAAAGCACCAUUGAAAGGGACUGAUUUCCAUAGUCUCUUUUGUGGGAGGUCUAAAGGCCUCGGGAUCCCACCUCUGCCUCCAUAGCAUCAGCCUCCGAGGGUCUGUCUGUGGUGGGAAAAGUGGUUGGGAUUAGCUAGCAAAUCUCCCCUGACCCUCCUCCAGUUUUCCUAGUCUAGACUGACCCCAACUUUCUUGUAUAUACUGAUUUCACCCUUCACCCUUCCGCUCCCCCCGCUCCCAUUAGCAGAGUGAUUGUUAGAGUUACUGAGUUCCCCUUUUGGGGAGAGAGUGUCCCAUUCUCACAUAGUGUCACAUUGCUCCACGUUAUGCCAAAAAACAUUUUUUAUAUAUAUUGACUCCCUUAGAGACCAGAAUUAAAUAGAUUCUAAAAGUUCCGGAGCAGGGGUAGGAAAAUGUAUUUUGGGCUCCGUAUUAUUUAAGGGUGAUAGGGUGAGUAGGAGGGAUUCCUUUCUCCCCCCUUCACUGUCACACUCCACCCUGACACAGCAGCCCCUGUUUGAGCCAUGGAGAGUUUAUCCUCUCCCCAUUCUACCCCCCACCUCCCAGCACGGCACUUCCAACAGUGUUCUUUGCUCUCCAUGCUUAAGCAUCACACUUUGAUUUAUUUGCUCCUGACUCAGACUCUGAGGGCUAGAGAUGAAAGUGUCCCAGACCUGGAGGGGGGAAUUCAAAUGAACCCCAAACUCUGUUUGAGCUUAAAUCACUAUUUCCAUCUCUUGGUAAAGUGGCUUCUGGGCUUUUUCCAGCCAAGUCCAGAACAUUUAUAGAUGGGCAGAUUUUGGAUUUGGUUUGUUUGUUUCUUUUUCCUUUUUUGGCAUUAGGACAAUGGUAAAACUUUUGUAAAUGACACAAUCAAGUAACGAGGGGGUGCUGAGUAAAGCAGGUUUAGCCAGUUCAGAAGCAAAUGGAUACAUUUGCUUUUUCUUCUUUUGGGAGUUAUGAUUGUGUGGGAUUUCACUUUAUGAACCUGAGUGUUUUGUAGCCCACCUUGUACUGUUGGUUUUCCUCUCUUCCUCAAGGCUGUUUGGUCACAUACUUUGAUAUUAGUUUAGUUUGACAGGAUGUAGCACAAGUUUAUUGAGAACUUUAUGAGACAAAUUAUCAUUUUCCAGAAGAGUCCUUUUUAUUUUAUUUUAACCUUUAUCCUUUGUCUUGAGAUAUUUGUGUUGUUUGAACAAUGAAAAUUAUCAAUGUCUCUGCACAAAUACUUAGCUUGAGUGCUAGAUUCAUACUCCGAGAGGCCGAGACUGAUCAGGGCAUGGAGUUACUCCCUGACCCCUUCAGAGAUAUGAGAUACAGCUAAGAUGGGGAGAGGGUGGGGAGAGAGAGCUGGGAAACUGCAGUCUUGUCUAUUGAGAGACAGACAGCUGAGGCUGAGAACUGUGAACUUGCUGCACCAAUGCCAGAGAGACAAGUAUUGCCCUAUGAGUGCCGGGUGAAGCCAUCCAUGAAAUCUAAAGGGCUACAAAUGAUACCCCAAGAAGAAUGAUGAGGCGAGGGGGCAGCGUCUCCCGAUUACUGAGAGGAUGAGCCUGGGCAGAGACAUGUAGGAAGCUGGGGAAGCCAGCACACCUGGUCCAGCCUUGAAGCCAGGCUGACUCCCCGCAUUGAGGCCAGAGGAAGACGACCAGUCUGACAGUCCAGCUGGUCCUUCCCCCCACCCACCCAUUUAUCACCCUGUCCUGUGUGGGGACAACAGAGACUCACUCUGCCCAACUCACCCCACACUGCAUCCCUCUAAUCUCAGCUCCUUGAAUUCCCUGCUCUCGGAGUGUUUGCUUUGUGACUGGGUCCCAGCAUCUCUGCACUUUUCUACCAAUUUGUAAAUGUUGCUUUGUUGCUGGUGCAUAGGGGAUUUGGGCACAGCAGUGUGCUGGGCAUGUAAAGUACGGAGCUGGGAUGGGUGUGGGGAGAGGAGUCUGUCUUUGUUCCUCCUUUGGAAGUAGAAUUUAGUUUCUCACACUCCAAGUGUAGUUUGUUUUACAUUAAAUACCCAGCAGAUUCAUAGUGGAGGUUAACCAUAAAAGCAAUGCAAACAUGGUCUGGUACAGAACUGCACAGCGAGGUCACCCAUACAAUGUGUGUAUGUGUGUGUGUUUCAACCCAAGACUUCUGCUCUCUCAACCUUACCACCUACCUAAUUCUAGCUCAGACCCAUUUAAAUCAAUGGGGCUAUUGGCAGUAGUAAAAUUGAACAUGUGAAUGUGGUUUAGCAGGACAGGAAGUUUAGAGUGGUAGGUUUGGGAGUCUCUCUCUGUUGAUACUCGGCCUGUUCCACAUACCACAACUUUCCCCAAAUUCAUUCUUGUCUGGCUACAAAAUAAUCACGUCUGAGUUAAUACCAUGAAUAUUUGUAAUACAGCAGCAGCCAGAGGCUCCACAGAAGACUACGGUCAUAUUGUGCUAGGUGCUGUAUAUACACAUCAUGAGAGACAGCUCCUAAGAGAAAGAGUUUACAGUUUCAAUAUGCAGAACAACCAACUUAAUGGUUUUGUAAAUGUCAGGGGUGACUAUGUAAUCUAAAGGGCUACAAGUGAUGCCCCAAGAGGAAUGAUGAGGAGAGGGGGCAGCACCUCCAGAUUGCUGAGAGAACGAGGCUCUGACCUUGAAGCAGGUAUUCAACUUCUGUUAUUGACAAAUACAGAUUGUUCUUCCCCACAAUUACUGUACUUACUCCUAGAGCGCAGGAUACAUUUUCUGAGAAAAGUAAACCUGCUACUGGCUUUAGCAAUAAUCAUUAACAAUGAGUCUGUUCAGACAUUUAGCACCGACUGUCAGACCCAACCAUAGAAUCAUAGACAAGGUCAGAAGGGACCAUUAUGAUCAUCUAGUCUGACCUCCUGCACAAUGCAAGCCACAGAAUCUCACCCACCCACUCGUGUCAAACCUGUGU